GGCCCUGUUGCUCUCGGUCCCACACGCCCAGCCCCGGCCCCGUCACCCUCCGGCUCAGACCCUACAGCGCAGAGGCGAAGAACUCGUCCCCUCCCGGUUGGCUCCGGCGGGAAACACGAAGGCGGUUCUAUUGUUCCACUUGCUCUCACCAACUCUUGGACAGACCGAUGCUAAAGGUCUUGUCUUCGGCUAUUACCCUACUCGUCUGGAAAAUAAAUGUCAAUGCUGUAAGACUCCGUACAAAUAAAGUAAAUAUUUAUUUAGCGUAAAACAUGAGCCCAUUGUUGCGCAAGGGGACGGCUGUAGCGACGCGGGUAGGGAGAGUGAGGGGUCUGCCCACCGUUUCCCGGUCAGAGAUUUGGGUGAUCAUCUCGGUUUCAGGGGUCGACCCGGCGGGCAUGCAAACCUCAGACCAGAGGGACUGGACUCCAGAUUCUACCAGGUUAUCCCGGGUGCAUGAACGUUGUUGCAGACUCAGCCUGUCUAGCACCAGAAGGCCAGAAAGUAACUACCAACUUCAGCAGGAAGUUAUGGCUAGGCAGCAGCUAUCAGUGGAGGAGCGAAGGAGAAGAAACAGGGAAUACCAAAAAAAGCGGAGAGAGAAAAUAUAUAGUAAGCCAGAGUUAAAGGAGGAAUACCUGAGAAAGGAAAAGCAAAGAUGGAAGAAGAGAGUAGAGGAUGGGAAGAUAAAAACUAUCAGUGAUUUGAAUGAAAGGGAAAAGAGGAGUAAGAGAAAGGCAUGGAAACGUAGACAGCAAGAGUCAAGAGAGCGUAAGAGAAAGCUGAUGGAGGAAAUGGAGCAGGAACCCCAGAGUGAUCCUGACAGGACUACGACAGAUAUGUCUGCUGGUGUCAUUAAUUGUGGAGAUUGGCUUGCAGUCAUUUAUGACCAAAAUUGGUGGUUAGCAAAGGCUAUCACCGUGGAUGCUCAUCAUCAAGAUGUUCAAGUGGAGUUUUUCCACCCUCAUGGGCCCAACAUGCGCUUCCAUCCAAAACCAGGUGGAAAGGAUACGUGCUUCGUACCAGUUGAAGAUAUCCUGGUCAAACUGAUGGAGCCAUCAUCAGCGGGUUGUGGAAGCAGGACGAGAGAGAUCUACCACCUGUCUGCUGAAGUCAUGGACUUCAUAGAGAAGGAGCAUAUUAAUCGUCUACUUCUUGAUAAAGCUGACUGAACGUUUUCAAAGAUUUUCAGGCCCAGAAAUGGAUGGAAUUUUUUUUUAAAGUUCCUGGUGUGUUUUCUGAUGUUUAUGCUUAAACAUUGCAGUUCUACUGUAGUUUUUAUUUUGCUGUUUACUGUUAUUAAUAUUUACAGAAGGAUAAAAUGUACAUGACGAAUUGUUAUUCAUUGUACCAAGUUGUUAAGUAAAGUUAUUAAGCAAGGAAGCAUUGACUUGAGUGGUGAAAAGGUUGGAAUUGUUGGUUGGAAUUAGGCCACUGCCAUCACCGUCAGGACUCAGUCACUACCGUCAAAUGGAACUUUCUUUGUUGCAAAUUAAUAUACUUACAAUCCGUUCCUCCAAAACAGUUGAUUUAUUAAAGUAAUUGUCUCUUUAAAAUUAAAAAUGUGUUUAUGAUGUCCAAAAUUGUUAUUUUGCAUAUUUAAUGCUAAUGAUAAAAGUUGCAUGAUGUAAGAGUUUUUAAAGGAGUACACAUGAAAUAGUAUAAAAAAUGAACAAAAGUGAAUAUUCAACAUUUAACAGCAUAUAUGUGUACCUAUGGUGUAGACACAAUGAUUUAAAGGCUCUAAAUCUAUAUAAGACUAAAUAAACAGGAAA